AGGAAGCGCAGGACGCGACUGAGAGGGCUUUACUUACCCAGAGCAUUUAACUCAGGCAUUUGAGCUGUUUGCCACUUUACAAAUUACAGAUUUAUCGGUAGCAAGCGGACACUUGUAUGUUAACAAAACGGUGUAACAAGCGUGACUUAUAUUUUUUACUCGGUGUCAGCACAGCAGCGCUAGCAGCGACGGCUAAUUAGUGUUUGUACGUUAGUUCCCGCUAGCUUCCUCGCUUGUUCUACUGGAGCGAUACUUAUUAAUGACACCAACAUUGUUUUUUAAAGUCAUAUUUUACCACAUUACAGACUAACCGGUGUUUACGUCGAGAAAGUUACAUUGCGACGGUGCCAAACAAAAAUAAAAAACAUGUCGAAUACAGUCCUCCAAGUUGGUACCGGCGUUUUCAUCAUUGCUGUCGCCUGGGUUGCGGCUCUUGUGUUUGGGAUGAUGCUGCUGAGAGCAUCAGGAUCAGCAAAGUUUGGGGUCAUCCCUGUGUUCUUGUUGGCUCUCACCAUCACUUUGGUGCUGGUGUUUUUCCCUCGCAGCCCAGAGACGCCUCCCCCCUUCAAAGAGAUAGAGAUAGUGGACACUUUGUUCAUCGGCCGCUACGUGCUUCUGGCAGUGGUGAGCGUAGUUUUCCUCGUGGUGUUCUUCAUGCUGCUCCCCUUUCACUUCCUGGAGCCGGUGUAUGCCAAGGCCUUAAGAACACACUAGAGCUGCCAGGGUCAGAGCUGGCACCGGGAUCGCUCCGAUGUACACAACUUUAGACAAGCGGGGCUUGUAGGGAGAAGUUCCACUCUAUGGAGAAAACAGGCUACGGGAUGUGUCCUAAACGGAAACAGUAGGAGGUCCAAGGUUGUGUCCACGGACUGCUGUUUGUGGCGUGUUGAAGUACAACGAACAAUGCAUGGUUUGUUUUUGUUUGUCCUUAUAUUUUGUGUAAUUUAACACAAGCAGUGAGCAAAUAAAGUAUUUCAGGUCCAGAGCUCUAGAGUAGUAGUAGCAACACUUCUUGUAGCUUUUUAUCAGUGAUAAAACAUUUAUAGUCUUAUUGUAAUUUUACAAACUUUGUGGUACUUAGUUCAUUCAUGUUGUACAUGAGAUGUUUACCCAGAGCGCGUCUUGUAUGAUGUUUCAUUUAACUCCACUUAAAUGGUGACUUAAAAUCACUCACGGGUUUGUAUCAGUGUGUAUAAUUUUUCUUUAAGGUACUUUUUUAAAUAUAUGCACAUAUUUUCUGUGCUGGUUAUAAAAUGUAAGAUGUUUUCCUUCAUUUUAGCUGAGAACUGAAUGCUGCAGAUAUUCUUGAAGACUUCUGUUUAAUUCAGUUUGUUUUCUUUAUUUCUUAGUGUAUAGUUUGUCUAGAAUAAAGACAUUAAUUCAAAGACA